AUGAGUCGUCGAAAACGACGCGGCUCCAAGCUAGCUGGGCCAAGGAAGAAACAAUCGUGUCCGACGGUAACAAGGACGCGCCAUGUGCAGCAGGUGCCAACACAGCCAGUCACUCCUGUGUCGAUAGUGUCAGCCAAGGCCCGGCGCAUUGCAUGGGCGGUGUACUUCAUUGAUGCCUUGGAAGCGCCGCCUCGUGACGAGUGGAAUGAGUAUCGAGGGACAGUGUAUCAAAUCAUGCAGCAGUUCAACGUUCCGACUGGGUCGCGCGAAUCAGUGUGGAAUGUCCUGAACGACGUCGAAGACUGCUCAUGGCUUGGUCACGAGUACUGUGGCGAUGGCGCACCCCGUGGCGGCACCAACAAACUCAUUGUUCUGCGAUCGUGCGAAAGCCAGAUUGUGGCCGACUGCAUGGAAAUCGGCAUGGGUCUGACCGAGACUACUCACAUGGUUAACGAGUACCGCUCCUCCAACUACAAGAUCCAUGUAGGCCAAAGCGCUGUGUACAGCUGCUACCUGCGUCUCAAUCCAGUCGUGACGCCAUUGACUGGGCCGUUGCUCGAUGUGGUCUGGCGCAGCAGUUUGCCACAAGACUUGGGAUCUGGAAGUGGGACGACAAUUGUGGUGUGGUAUGAAACCCACAAAGACGCGAGGAUUGGUAACUUUGGUGCCAACGGAUGCAAGCAACAAAUUCGCUUCCUCCGAGAUGCACAGGGUCAGUUGGACGACACAAAGGCCCGGUUCUCUUUCGGUUGUGCGGUGGUGGUCAACGAAGCUGGUGUACGCGAAGGCCGCCGGUGCAAGGCGUUUACGACCUCCCUGGCAACAAUGCGCCUUGGGUUACUGGUAUUCGCACGCAAGAUCAUGGUGUAUUUCAUGAAGAUUGCAUCACUCGACCAGGUGGAGACCAAAUACGAUCCAUCAGUACAACUACGAGAGGGUGCGCAUUCACCGAGGCUGGUGGACCACAAAAAAGCCGAUAAUCCCUACGAAUCUCUUUACGGGCCGGACUGGAAAUCAGCUAUCAUGGCGUCGAACGGCUUGAAGUCCAGCAUCUGCGUCACCGAGCUCGUUGAGCACAUCGUCCAUGCGUCAGCUGCAGUGAUGCACAACACCGCCCACGCCAAAGACUGGAUGUUCAUGCAUGACGCCCUAUUCCAAAUGACGUGCAAGUCGACAAUUCAGUGGAUGAAGGAGAAGAACUACCACAGGCGGUGGAUCCUACCCGAACUGGGUCUGAACGAUGGAACACGUUUCGCCGGCCGACCGGUUGGCAACAGCCCCGAGUUGAUGCCUUGGGACUGCUCGUUAAACAAAGACGUUGACGAUUGCUUCCAUCGACACCGGUCGGUAACGCUCGGCCUGUCACGCGACGCGUCUGCCAAGUUCUGUGCGUCAACCCCGAAGAGAUUGGAGUCCGCGUACCUUCGUCUGAUCGACCCAAGCCAUGGACCACACAAGGGCUGUCCUACGAGCAACCGCAUCAUACAAGAUGUCACAAAGUGCCUUACCACGCAUGUACUGGCAGUCAUUGCUGCGGGAGGUGCCAUUGUGCCGGGACUGGGGAGCCGCAGUGGGUGCCGCCGAGUCCGCGGCGUCGAACGCAGGGGUGGCCGUCGCGACAAGGCGCCAGAUGUGCAAGGACGUUGGUAUCACGACGAUGCAGUGGUUGCACGUGCUGAGCUGUUGAAGACUUCGAUUGCCACCACGCGAGAGCACUCUGAUGGGUGA